AGGCUGGAGGCGGGUUGGGGGAAGGCUUCAGUCCGCGCCUCCCUGGGACAAGGCCUCUGUUGCCGGGGCGACGGCGGUGGCGGAAGUGCGUGUGCCUCGGUCUCCCCCUGCAGCGGCAGCGAGCGAGCGAGCGACGGACGGACGGAGAGAGUAAUGGCCGCCACGGCCACGGCCACCUGGCGACGGCGCUGCCCCGCGCGGCGAUAACCGCCACCGCCACCAUGUUCGAGAACUUCAAGGAGCGGCUGCUGAGCGCCCAGCACGACCUGAGCAGCAGUUUAAAGACGCUAAGUGACAAAUCCAAAGAAGUAAAUGUUAAGAAGCCAAGAAGUACAGAUGAUUUGCCAAAGUUUUCUGCGGGAGCUGAGUUAUUAAGCAGGUAUGAGAACUCCUGGGCAGCCCUUCACAAACGAGCCGAAGACUGUGCUAAAACCGGAGAGAUAGUCGAUGGCAAAGUGGUGGUACUUUCUGCUCACUGGGAGAAAAAAAAGCAGCAGUUAGUGGAACUGCAGGAACAGCUUCAAGAAAUUCCAGCAUUAUUAGUUGGCCUGGAUGGCCUGACUUCCAAACUCGCUCAGUUGGAAGAAGACUUUGAAGAUCUGGAGGGACACUUGCUGCAUUUGGAAAAUAUCUGCGAACAAUGUGACAUUGAGCAUUAUAAGCAACUACAAACUGUACAGCUGGAGAACUACAAGAAACAAAAGAGGAAAAACAUUGAAGCUAUGAAAGUUAAGUUGGAUGAAGUACAUGCCCACAAGGUUCGUGACAUGGAGAACUCACAGCAACAGAAAUUGAAAGAGCGGCAGAAGUUUUUUGAAGAGGCCUUUCAGCAGGACUUGGAUCAGUACCUGUCCACAGGGUAUUUGCAGAUCGCGCAGAGACGAGAGCCCAUUGGCAGCAUGUCCUCCAUGGAGGUCAACGUGGACAUGCUGGAACAGAUGGAUCUCAUGGACGUGUCUGAUCAGGAAGCUUUGGACGUAUUUCUCAACUCAAGUGGAGAUGAUAACAAUGAAAAUUCUCCAGUGUUCGUAUCCGAGUCUGAUUCCUAUCAAAGCGAAAUAACGCUGCAAGUGCCAAGCCAGGCCGAGCUGAGGUUAAAGUUAUCCUCCGUCUCUUCCACCUCCGCUGACUCGGUCAGCCACAGCGCCAGUGAAAACAACACCCCACUGGUCCAGUCUGACGAAGAGGAAGUUCAAAUAGACACCUGCCUAGCAGCAGUAAUCUCAACCCCCAAGGAGAUCUUUGACAGUGACUCUGCAUAACGUGUGGAAUGCCACCAAUAUCACAGAACAGACUUAAAAAUCUAAUCCAGAGUCUUUUCCCUUUUCUAAUUUGAACAAGCAGAUUCCUAUUACCCAGUGCCACUGGAGAUUAACAUCAAUGAUUAUAUAAACAUAUUCUGUAACAAAUUAUAGCUGAUUACCUGUUUUCUUCAAGUUCAGCUCAUUUUCUAAGGCUUGCAGAAUGAAUCUCUCUCUUUCAAUAUUUGCUUUACACAUUUGAGUUACGCAUUCUAAUAACAAGGCAUUUUCAACUUAAAUGUUGUAUAAAAUGAUCCUGCCUGCCUGAGUUUCCCACUCCCCCACCCUAAACGAUAUGGUUUAGAACUAACUGUGUUAGAAUUCAGAAAAAAGUUGUGCACUUUAACAAUCAGUAAAUAAAGAGUUUUGCUAUAC